AUGUUCGUCUACAUAAAACAUGGAGAUAGUGAGCAGUUCCUCACCAAUACCAACUGCCCUAUCAUGCUGCUGCUGCACUACAUAAGAGCCAAGCUUGGGCUGCCAGAAUCAGGGCAGUCUGACGGGGCUUAUGUCUCAAUCACACCUCAUGUGGUCAACCCUGACCCUGCUCUACUAGAGGCCUUGCAAACACAGACUGAGAGUUUGGAGAAGUCCCGUCUCAAGCAGCUUCGAAUCUUAGAGGACAGGCGGUCUACAGGGGAGACUCCCUCUCAAGCCCAGUCUACUCAACAGGCUAAAGGGAAAGGCAAAAACGUUCACAUGGACACACCUGAUGAGGAACCACAGCGUCGCACUGGGGGCCGAAGGACCAGGAACUGA